CACCUCGAAUGCCGAUACUGAGCUGCAGGACUCCUGGGGGAAAUUACAAAGGAGGCAGUUUUUAAACGCAGAAAAUCACUGACAAAAAGUGCAAACACGUUUAUUUUUUAUUUUUCAUCUUUCAAGCGCUGUAUCUGAUAUGUAAGCGCGCCGAUAAUACUUAAUUACCGGAAUAAAAGGCACUAAAGAAAAAGCGUGUGUAAUUAAGGUUUCGUUAGGCUCAUUUAGUGAGCCGACUGAAAGUGAGUUUUAAAAAUAUAAGGUUUCGAAUGUGAGGUCACCAGACAGAACUGCUAGAACGGGGUUGAAGAGACAUCGGUGAUGAUGAAGACGUCAGUGUCCUCAGGUCAUCACCUUCCUCAGCUGAAGGACGACUCCCUCCACAAUAUGAGUCAUACAAAAGGAUUUCUGGGGCUUCCUCCACUUCCGGCUGCCUCUUCUGAGAAACCAUCUGAAUUGUAUCAGAUUGUUUUGAGGCACAGCUUCCACCCGCCUAUUCUGCAGAGCACUGCCUGGACAUUGGCGGUUCCUUUCAAAGAGCAGAGACACCACAGAAGUCCCAGUGACUCCAUUGGGAACAACUACACCCCUAGUGCCAGUAAACUCAAAAUCAAGGACCUGCACAGAAAGCCCCUCGGCGUUCGGACGGCUGCUUCUGUUGCCUCUCCUAGACCUCUUUCUUCUCCGAAGGAUUCUCCUCCAGCUCAGAAGAAACUGAAACUGCCGUCUAAACGUGAUUCAUCCCAUGAAAGGGAAAUGAGCCCUCCACUGGAGUCUCGAGCCAGUUCACGUGGAAACUAUCCUGGCACGUUAGAACUGCCAGGAAGUCGGCCGAUGACUCCUGUUGAACAGCUGAAUGUCAUGUUGGCUCGGGAGGAGAUGACUUUGAGGGACAACGGAGGACCUUCAGAGAGAGAUUUGGAGCGGUAUGUCUAUUAUAUAAACCAUGGAGUCCCCAACAGUAUGCUUGCCACCCAAGACACUCAAGUGAUGAAAAACAUAGAGGAGCUUCUGCCACCUCACCUGAAGAGCAGCCCAAAGCUGAGACCACUGAUAGAAGAAAUCCAUGAAGAGAUUCAGCACGACUAUGACUUCAGUCUGCGGAAGGCCAUCGUCGACUACAUUUUAAAAGACGAGUCCGAGAAGGAGAGGCUUUACAUUGCCAGCAUCCCCCAUCCAUACCCUCAGAGGAUCAUCCGAGCGCCAGUCCCAUGGAACAGCAGCUACCGAGACGCCAAGGCCUGGACGCAGUGCCAUUUGUUUACCAUUAACCCUCUGAUGCUCCGGCUGCAGCACCUCUGGUUCACUGAGUUUGCUCACCAGCGUUUUGUUCAACGCCAAGAUCUGCUUUCAGCCAGCCUUCCAUUGCUUCCUGCUGAGUAUCGUGAACUCAUCCGCAAGCAUUGCCUGGGGGCCCGGGAGCUUCUGAGAAACAAAUGGAUACCAGCUUGUGCCUCUCUCUUUCUGGCACACAAGGACGACUGGUUUCACUUAGUGCCCGAGAAUGACCACAGCUCCACAGAGCGAAUCCAGGAGCUCUUUGAUUGUGUGGCAUCACUGAUGUCGCUGCAGCUCAGAGGAAUGGUCAUCAGCUCCUUGCAAGACCUGCUGGCCUUCUUCAUGAUUCACAAGGAUGGAAAUGAUUUUGGAGAGACCUACAAAGACCUGGACUUCAUCAAUCCCCAGGUGUUAAUAAUCAAGCUGAAAGUUUUGGAACCGAGAAUCACAUUUGAGCCAAGCCUCCGGGAAUGCUGGGAUCUUGUCAACUGGAGCUUCAUGGAAAUUUUGCACAGCGCACAGGAGCUUCCCCGGGUUGAAUCCAUCCUCUUCCCAGAAAUUCAAGGAGAAAAGCUCACCCUGCGGACCGUCACUUCAGAUGAGAUGCUAGUCAGUGAGGUUGUCAGCAGAUGCAUGGAAGUGUUCAAAGAGAAUUCUCUCGGUCCCCAGAGGUAUUUAAAUGUAUACAAAAAGUACAGCGACCUUCUCAACAGCAAUGCCAAACUAGAUGUCCUCAAAUUUCUGAAGGAGCAACAUUCCCUUCAAGCCUUUACCAAGAAAAUUGAGAGCAUCCAAGAUCUAAAGAAUGAAAUUGCCUCUCUUCACAUCACGGUGCCCUUGGCGAUGUUCUGCCUGGAUGCAGUGAGCUUGCAUGAGGACCUCUGUGCCCGUGCCCAGGAGCUCAAGGAGACGCUGAUCUUAUUUGAAGUGGAGGAAAACAGACAGUUAAAUAAGAGCAUUUGCCGGAGGUUUGAUGAGAUAGUAGAGAAGAUCAGCAGCGUCCCUCAGAGCACCGAGGAGCUGGUCCUUCUGGAGGAGUACCUCAAGCAGGCCAGUGAAGUCACGGUGCACAAGCUGAGAGAUGAAAUUUCAGAGGCUGCAAACCGGCUGGAGUUCCUGCUGGACUACGCCACUCUGCCAUAUGAGGAUGUUAAACUGAACAGCAGUGUCUUCCACUGGCCAGAGUCCAUCCAGGCAGCUUUUGAACAGAACAGAAACCGUUUGGCUGCCAGAAGGGAGCGUUCUGAAGAAAACCUUCUCAAAAGGAUUUCCGAAUAUGAGAAAAAACUGCACCUUUACAAUAAAGAGUUGGAGGCGUUCAAGAAACGGGAGGUGAUGAGCAUUGAGGAGAUGAAGAACAACGUGGAGAAGCUGAAUGACCUGAGCACCAAUCUGGAUACUGCAAUGGAUGAGCUACAGGCCAUCAACAAGGAGGAAAGUCUGCUGGAAAGGGAGCAGAGCCAGUUUCCACUACUUCAGACGAUAAUGACCAAUAAACAGCCUUUUGACCAGCUCUGGAUGACUGCCUACAACUUCCAAAGCAAAUCCGAGAUGUGGCUUAAUGGGCCAUUCCUGGACUUAAAUGCAGAAGAGAUAACCGAAGAGAUUGGCAACAUGGGGCGCACAGCGUACAAGCUGACAAAGACCUUCUCAGACUUGCCAGGCCCUAGACGAGUGGCCGACAAUAUCAAGGCUAAAGUUGAGAAGUUUAAGCAAUAUCUUCCUGUCCUGUCAACGAUCUGCAACCCUGGAAUCAAGGACAGACACUGGGAGCAGAUCAGUGAAAUUGUUGGUUUCGAUGUCAAACCAGAUGCCAGUUCUUCCUUGAUAAACAUGGUGGACAUCGGGCUGUCCAAGUACAUCGACAGGCUGGAAGAGAUUGGUGCCUCUGCAAGUAAAGAGUACUCACUGGAGAAAGCCAUGGAGAAGAUGAAAUUGGAGUGGGCUGACACACACUUCAACUUUGUCAAGUACAGAGACACCGGCACCAGCAUUCUGUCGGCGGUGGAUGACAUACAAGUACUGCUGGAUGAUCACAUCAUCAAAGCACAGACUAUGCGUGGAUCUCCAUUCAUCAAGCCAAUUGAAGCAGAGUGCAAGGAGUGGGAAGAAAAGCUGGUGCUGAUGCAAGACAUCCUGGAUGCCAUGCUCAAGUGCCAGGCUACUUGGCUCUACCUAGAGCCCAUCUUCAGCUCCGAAGACAUUAUUGCUCAGAUGCCAGAAGAGGGCAGAAAAUUUGGCAUCGUGGACUGCUAUUGGAAGGAUAUCAUCGCUGAAGCAUUAAAAGACACUAAAGUCUUGGUAGCCACGUCCCAGACGAAUAUGCUGGGGCGACUGCAAGAAUCCAACGUCCUGCUGGAGGAAAUUCAAAAGGGGCUCAACACCUACCUCGAAAAGAAAAGGCUCUUCUUCCCCAGGUUUUUCUUCUUGUCCAAUGAUGAACUUUUGGAGAUUCUGUCCGAAACUAAAGACCCCUUGCGGGUUCAGCCUCAUCUAAAAAAGUGCUUUGAAGGAAUUGCAAAACUGGAAUUUUCAGAGGAGAUGGAAAUCACAGGGGUGAUCAGCUCGGAGAAAGAAACCGUGCCACUCGUGCAGAAGAUAUUUCCAGCCAAAGCGAAGGGUAUGGUGGAGAAAUGGCUUCUGCAAGUUGAAGAAAUGAUGCUGCGCAGUGUCCGGCAGGUUAUUGAAGAUGGCAUCCUGGCCUAUGUGGAGGUUCCACGUAAAAAAUGGGUCUUGCAGUGGCCGGGUCAAGUCGUCAUCUGUGUGUCCUCCAUCUACUGGACCAGUGAAGUUUCAGAAGCCAUCCAGGCCAACAAGCUACAGGAGUACUUAAGGAAAAGCAACGAACAGAUCAAUGACAUUGUAGAGCUGGUCAGAGGAAAACUGUCGGGUGGGGCCCGAAUGACCCUGGGGGCUUUAACCGUCAUCGAUGUUCAUGCUAGAGAUGUUGUGGCCCAGCUGGCCAAGGACCAAGUCACCAACUUGAACGACUUCCAGUGGAUCUCCCAGCUGCGGUACUACUGGGUGGAGAAAGACGUCAUGGUCCGAAUGAUUACCACCGAUGUGAAGUACGGCUACGAAUACCUGGGAAACUCCCCGCGGCUGGUCAUCACUCCACUGACAGACAGGUGUUACAGGACACUGAUGGGAGCUCUGAAGCUGAACCUUGGAGGUGCACCAGAAGGCCCAGCAGGAACUGGGAAGACGGAGACAACCAAAGAUUUGGCUAAAGCCCUGGCCAAGCAGUGCGUUGUUUUCAACUGCUCUGACGGCUUGGACUACAAGGCAAUGAGCAAAUUCUUCAAAGGCCUCGCACAGUCCGGGGCCUGGGCCUGCUUUGAUGAGUUUAACCGCAUUGAGGUGGAAGUGCUGUCAGUUGUUGCCCAGCAGAUUCUCAGCAUUCAGCAGGCCAUCAUUCGCAAGUUAAAGCGCUUCCUGUUCGAGGGAACCGAGCUCUCACUCAAUCCCACCUGCUCCGUCUUCAUCACCAUGAACCCCGGCUACGCGGGACGAGCUGAACUCCCUGACAACUUGAAGGCCCUGUUCCGUACCGUGGCUAUGAUGGUCCCAGACUAUGCCUUAAUUGGGGAGAUCUCGCUGUACUCCAUGGGCUUCAUUGAUUCCAGAAGCCUUGCCCAGAAAAUCGUAGCCACCUACCGCCUGUGCUCAGAGCAGCUGUCAUCCCAGCACCACUACGACUACGGCAUGCGGGCCGUGAAAUCCGUGCUGACCGCCGCAGGGAACCUGAAGCUGAAGUAUCAACAGGAGGACGAGAGCGUCCUGCUGCUCCGAGCCCUGCUGGACGUCAACCUGGCCAAAUUCCUGGCCCAAGAUGUACCCUUGUUUCAGGGCAUUAUCUCCGACCUCUUCCCCGGUGUGGUCCUCCCAGCACCCGACUAUGAGCUCUUCAUGCAGGCCCUGCACGACAACAUUAGAAAAAUGAAACUCCAGCCGGUGCCAUGGUUCAUCGGGAAAAUCAUUCAGAUUUACGAGAUGAUGCUGGUGCGCCACGGAUUUAUGAUUGUCGGAGAUCCCCUGGGAGGAAAGACCUGUGCGUACAAAGUGCUGGCGGGCGCGCUCGGUGAUCUCUGUGCAGCCAAACUGAUGAGCGAGUCGGCCGUGGAGUACCGAGUGAUCAACCCCAAGGCCAUCACCAUGGGCCAGCUGUAUGGCUGCUUCGAUCCGGUCAGCCAUGAGUGGACAGAUGGGGUCUUGGCGACCACCUUCCGCGAGCAGGCCAGCACCACCAGUGAAGACAGGCAGUGGAUCAUUUUCGAUGGGCCCGUCGACGCCGUCUGGAUUGAGAAUAUGAACACCGUGCUGGAUGACAACAAAAAGCUUUGCCUCAUGAGCGGUGAAAUCAUUCAGAUGAGCCCAAAGAUGAGUCUGAUAUUUGAGCCAGCGGAUCUGGAGCAGGCGUCCCCAGCUACAGUCAGCAGGUGCGGUAUGAUCUACAUGGAGCCCCAUCAGCUCGGCUGGGCACCGCUCAAGGACUCGUACAUGGAGACCCUGCCAGACACUCUUGGCGCUGAACAUCGAGAGCUGGUCAACGACAUGUUCACUUGGCUCGUGCAGCCCUGCCUGGACUUCGUCCGCCUUCAGUGCCGAUUCCUGGUGCAGACGUCGCCGAUUCACCUGGCGUUCAGCACCAUGAAGCUCUUCACGUGUCUCUUAGAUGAGAUAGCAGAGACUGGAAAGACUGGCGCAGAUCCCAUGUCCAGCCAGCAGAUGACGCUGUGGCUCCAGGGCCUUUUUCUCUUUUCGGUUGUCUGGACCAUCGGUGGCACAAUAAACGGCGAGAGCAGGAAGAAGUUUGACUUGUUCUACCGCAACUUGAUCAUGGGCAUGGACGAUAAUAACCCUCGGCCAAAAAGCGUAAAGCUCACCAAAAACAACGUCUUCCCCGAGAGAGGAAAUGUCUACGACUACUACUUCCACAAGCAGGCCAGCGGCCAGUGGAAUUCCUGGACAGACUGCAUCACAAAAAACGACACCACCAUCGCCCCCGGCACAAAGGUCUCCGAUCUCAUCAUCCCGACCAUGGAAACGGCACGCCAGCAGUUCUUCCUGAAAACCUACCUGGAGCACGAAGUCCCCGUAUUGUUCGUGGGGCCCACCGGCACAGGGAAGUCCGCCAUCAACAAUAACUUCCUCAUCGGCCUCCCCAAGGAGAAGUACACACCCAACUGCAUCAACUUCUCUGCCAGGACCUCCGCCAACCAAACCCAGGACAUCAUCAUGAGCAAACUGGACCGCAGACGGAAGGGGGUGUUCGGACCACCUGUGGGCAAGAAGUCAGUGGUCUACGUUGAUGACCUCAACAUGCCUGCCAAAGAGGUGUACGGCGCUCAGCCCCCCAUUGAGCUGCUGCGCCAGUGGGUAGAUCAUGGCCACUGGUACGACAAGAAGGACACAUCCAGACUGGACAUUGUGGAUGUCUUGUUCAUCUCUGCGAUGGGGCCACCUGGUGGAGGAAGAAACGACAUAACAGGUCGCUUCACCCGCCAUUUGAACAUCAUCUCCAUCGACUCAUUCGACGAUGAAACCCUCAGCAAGAUUUUUACUUCCAUUACGGACUGGCACUUCUCCAGAGGUUUUGACGUCGCUUUCCUCAGGCUCGGCAAGAUCAUGGUGCAGGCGACGAUGGCAGUCUACAAGUCCGCCAUGGAAGUGUUCCUUCCUACGCCCAGCAAAUCACAUUACGUGUUCAACCUGCGCGACUUCUCCCGGGUGAUCCGAGGUGUGCUGCUGUGUCCGCACACCCACUUACAGGAAGGUGAUAAACUCAUCAGGCUGUGGAUUCACGAAGUCUACCGGGUCUUCUACGACCGGCUAAUUGACAACUCAGACCGGCAGACCUUCUUUCACAUCAUCAAGGAGACCACGUCCAAUUAUUUCAAGCAAAGCCUGGACAAGUUGCUCAGCCACCUGACGCCCUCUGGUAAGGUCAACGAUGAAAACAUCCGCAGCCUCUUUUUUGGGGACUACCUGAAGCCCGACGCCGACACCCGGGCCUACGACGAGAUCACUGACUUGAGGCAGCUGACAGGGGUGAUGGAGUACUACCUGGAGGAGUUCAACAACGUCAGCAAGGCUCCCAUGUCACUGGUCAUGUUCAAGUUCGCCAUCGAGCACAUCUCCCGCAUCUGCCGCGUGCUGAAGCAGGACAACGGACACCUCUUACUGGUGGGCAUCGGGGGCUCGGGCCGGCAAAGCGCCACCAAGCUGGCCACAUUCAUCAACGACUUUGAGCUGUUCCAGAUCGAGAUCACCAAAAACUACGGCACCUCGGAGUGGCGGGACGACCUCAAGAGGGUCAUGCUGAAGGCCGGGGCGGAGGGCAAGAGUACGGUCUUCCUCUUCAGUGACUCGCAGAUCAAGGACGAGGGCUUCGUGGAGGACAUCAACAUGCUGCUCAACACCGGCGACGUUCCCAACAUCUUCCCGGCCGACGAGCGGGCCGAGAUCAUUGAGAAAAUGCAAGGGGUGGCCAGGAUGGAGGGCAAGAAGAUAGAAGCGACUCCCCUGUCCAUGUAUAAUUACUUCAUCGACAGGGUGAAAGCCAACCUGCACAUCGUCCUAGCUCUGAGUCCCAUUGGGGACGCCUUCCGGAAUCGGCUGCGCAUGUUCCCUUCUCUCAUCAACUGCUGCACCAUCGACUGGUUCCAGGCCUGGCCCACCGACGCCCUGGAGAUGGUAGCCAAUAAAUUUCUGGAGGAGGUGGAGCUGGAGGAUGACGUGAAGAAAGAGGUGGUCUCCAUGUGUAAGUACUUUCAAGAAAGCGUCCGGCAGUUGUCCGAGAAGUACUACGCCACCCUGAGGAGACACAACUACGUGACGCCCACCUCCUACCUGGAGCUCAUCUUGACCUUUAAAACGUUACUGAACCGAAAGAGGCAGGAGGUGAACACCAUGAGGCACCGCUACCUGGUGGGCUUGGAGAAACUGGAGUUUGCAGCUUCACAGGUAUCCGUGAUGCAGAAGGAGCUGACGGCCUUGCAGCCUGAGCUGAUAAAGACGUCCGCCGACACCGAGAAGAUGAUGGUCAAGAUUGAGCAGGAGACCGUGGAGGUGGACGCCAAGAAAGAGCUGGUGCAGGCGGAUGAGCAAGUGGCCAACAAAGCAGCCGCUGCUGCCAAGGCCAUCAAGGAUGAAUGUGAAGGAGACCUGGCCGAAGUGAUGCCAGCGUUAGAAUCGGCCCUGGCGGCACUGGACACCCUCAAGCCGGCUGACAUCACCGUCGUGAAGUCCAUGCAGAACCCGCCCAGUCAAGUGAAGCUCGUCAUGGAGAGCAUCUGCGUCAUGAAGGGCAUCAAACCCGAGCGCAAGCCCGAUCCCAGCGGCUCAGGUAAAAUGAUCGAAGACUACUGGGGUUCGUCCAAAAAGCUGCUUGGUGACAUGAAGUUCCUCGACAAUCUGAAAACCUUUGACAAGGACAACAUCCCAGCGGCUAACAUUAAAAAGAUUCGAGAGAAAUUUAUCGACCACCCCGAAUUCCAGCCGGCCAUCAUCAAAAAUGUCUCGUCCGCUUGCGAGGGGCUGUGCAAGUGGGUGCGGGCCAUGGAGGAAUACGACCGUGUGGCCAAGAUCGUGGCCCCCAAGCGCGAGCGAUUACGGGAGGCCGAGGCCGAGCACGCUGUCCAGAUGGAGAAGCUGAACAUCAAGAGGGCGGAGCUGAAGGCCGUCCAGGACAGGCUGCAGGUGCUCAACGACGACUUCCAGGUCAUGAACAACAAGAAGAAGGACCUGGAGAGCAACAUCGAGAUCUGCUCUCAGAAGCUGGUGCGGGCCGAGAAGCUGAUUGGGGGCUUGGGAGGGGAGAAGGACCGAUGGACUGAGGCAGCCCGACUGCUGGGGGUGAGAUACGUCAACCUGACGGGCGACGUGCUUUUGUCCUCGGGCAUGGUGGCGUACCUGGGGGCUUUCACAGUGGACUACCGGCAGGAGUGCCAGAAGCAGUGGCACAUUUUGUGCAAGGAGAAGAGAAUCCCCUGCUCGGACGAUUUUACCCUCAGCAGCACCCUGGGGGACCCGGUGAAAAUCCGAGUUUGGCAGAUUGCCGGCCUCCCAGUGGACUUGUUCUCCAUUGACAAUGGCAUAAUCGUGUCCAACUCGAGGCGCUGGCCCCUUAUGAUCGAUCCGCAGGGUCAGGCCAAUAAGUGGAUCAAGAACAUGGAGAAGGCCAGCAAGCUGUCUGCCAUCAAACUGUCCGACCCGAAUUACGUCAGGACGCUGGAGAACGCCGUCCAGUUUGGGAACCCCGUCCUUCUGGAGAACAUCGGAGAAGAACUGGAUGCUCUGCUGGAGCCCAUCCUGCUGAAGCAGACCUUCAAACAGCAAGGCGUGGAGUACAUUCGCCUGGGCGAGAACAUCAUCGAGUAUUCCAAGGACUUCAGGUUCUACAUGACCACUCGUCUACGGAACCCGCACUACCUGCCGGAGGUGGCCGUCAAGGUGUGCCUCUUGAACUUCAUGAUCACCCCCUUGGGCCUCGAGGACCAGCUGCUGGGGAUUGUGGCGGCGAAGGAGAAGCCAGAGCUGGAAGAGAAGAAGAACCAGCUCAUUGUGGAAAGUGCCGCCAACAAGAAGCAGCUGAAGGAAAUCGAAGACAAAAUCCUCGAGGUCCUCUCCUCCUCCCAGGGCAACAUCCUGGAGGACGAGACGGCCAUUAAGGUCCUGUCGUCGUCGAAGCUUCUGUCCGAGGAGAUUUCCCAGAAGCAGCAGAUCGCCUCCAUCACUGAGAAGGAGAUUGACGCCACCCGCAUGGGCUACCGGCCUGUCGCCAUCCACUCGUCCAUCAUCUUCUUCUGCAUCUCUGACCUGGCCAACAUCGAGCCCAUGUAUCAGUACUCGCUCACCUGGUUCAUCAACCUCUACGUGCACUCCAUCGCCCACAGCAGGAAGACGGAGGAUCUGCAGGGCAGGAUCGAGAACAUCAUCGACCAUUUCACCGUCAGCAUCUACAACAACGUCUGCCGCUCCCUCUUCGAGAAGGACAAGCUGCUCUUCUCCCUCCUGCUCACCAUUGGCAUCCUGAAGGGCAAAGGGAAGGUGGACGAUCAGGUCUGGAGAUUCCUUCUGACCGGAGGCGUGGCUCUGGAGAAUCCACACCCUAACCCCGCCCCCGACUGGCUCUCUGACAAGUCCUGGUCCGAGAUCGUGCGGGCCUCCAACUUGCCGAACCUGCGGGGGCUCAUGGAGCACGUCCAGGCCAAUGUCCCGAACUGGAAGCGGAUCUACGACUCCGCCAAGCCGCACGAGGAGACAUUUCCGGAUGAGUGGGCGGGGCUUAUCGGCAUGGACCGCAUGGUGGUACUCCGGUGCUUCCGACCCGACAAGAUCAUCCCGGCGGUGCAAGAGUUUAUAACGGAUAACAUGGGGAGCACCUUCAUCGAGCCACCAACGUUUGACCUGGCAGGGAGCUACGACGACUCCAACUGCUGCGCGCCUCUGAUAUUCGUCCUCUCGCCCGGAGCCGACCCAAUGGCAGGUCUGUUGAAGUUUGCGGACGACCUGGAGAUGGGCGGCUCGAAAAUCCAGACCAUCUCCCUGGGCCAGGGGCAAGGCCCCAUCGCUGCUAACAUGAUACACAGUGCUAUCAAGGCGGGCACCUGGGUGGUCUUACAGAACUGCCACCUGGCCACCAGCUGGAUGCCAGCUCUGGAAAAAAUCUGUGAAGAGGUUGUGACACCGGAGAACACAAACCCAAGCUUCAGGCUCUGGCUCACCAGCUACCCCUCGGACAAGUUCCCUGUCAGCAUUCUCCAGAAUGGCGUGAAGAUGACCAAUGAGCCCCCCAAGGGUCUCAGGGCUAACCUUCUGCGCUCGUACCUCAAUGACCCCAUUUCGGACAUGGCCUUUUUCAACAGCUGCACGAAGCAGGGCGUCUGGCAGAAGCUGCUGUUUGGCCUCUGCUUCUUCCACGCGCUGGUGCAGGAGAGGAGGAACUUCGGACCUCUGGGCUGGAACAUCCCGUAUGAGUUCAAUGAGUCGGACCUGAGGAUCAGCAUGCGGCAGAUUCAGAUGUUCCUAAACGAAUAUGAAGACGUCCCCCUCGAGGCGCUGACGUAUCUGACAGGCGAGUGCAACUAUGGUGGGAGAGUGACGGACGACAAGGACCGGCGGCUCCUCUUAUCCCUGCUCUCCAUCUUCUACAGCAAGGAGCUGGUGCAGCAGGACGGAUAUCGGCUUUUGUCAGGAAAUGUGUAUUUUGUUCCUCCUCCUGGCUCAUACCAGUCUUACGUCGAGUACAUCCGCAAUCUCCCCAUCAUCGCCGAGCCAGAGGUGUUUGGGCUCCAUGAGAACGCCGACAUCACCAAAGACAACCAGGAGACCGUUCAGCUUUUUGAGGGGGUCCUGCUGACCCUGCCCAGGCAGUCGGAAGGAGGCGGCAAGUCCUCCCAGGAAACUGUUGAAGAGCUGGCAUCAGAUAUUUUAUCAAAGCUGCCCCCGGACUUUGACCUGGAGACGGUGAUGAAAAAGUACCCUGUCAUCUACGAGGAAUCCAUGAACACCGUCCUGAGGCAGGAGCUCAUCCGCUUCAACAGGCUCACACAGGUGGUCCGCAGCAGUCUGAUCAACAUACGCAAAGCCCUCAAGGGUCAAGUGCUCAUGUCUGCCGAACUGGAGAAUGUCUUCAGCAGCAUGCUUAUCGGCAAGGUGCCGGCCAUGUGGGCCUCAAAGUCCUACCCUUCCCUGAAGCCCCUGGGCAGCUAUAUCACCGAUCUCCUUGCACGCCUACAUGUUCUUCAGGACUGGAUUGACAACGGACCUCCCAAUGUAUUCUGGAUAUCAGGAUUUUACUUCACUCAGUCUUUCCUUACUGGAGUAUCCCAAAAUUUUGCUAGGAAAUACACAAUCCCGAUCGACCAUAUAGGCUUUGAAUUUGAGGUUAUGUCUCAAGAAAGCGAAAUGCAGACGAAACCAGAAGAUGGUGCUUAUAUCAAAGGACUCUUCUUAGAAGGUGCCAGAUGGGACCGCCAGAAAAUGGUCAUUGACGAGUCUCUCCCAAAAAUCCUGUACGACCCCCUUCCCAUUAUCUGGCUAAAGCCAGGAGAGAGCAGCAAGUUUUUACACGAAAAUGUCUACUUUUGUCCGGUGUACAAAACGAGUGCCCGCAGAGGAACUCUCUCGACCACCGGGCACUCCACCAACUAUGUGCUGUCCAUCGAGCUCCCGUCAGACAAGCCGCAGAAGCACUGGACAAACAGAGGCGUGGCCAGUCUUUGUCAGCUCGACGAUUAAGGGGGCUACAGGGGCUUGACGCGAGGCAUUAACAGAUGAUGAAGUGGCACAGGAGACCUGCAAAAUGUGAAAAUGUAUCUUUUUAAAAAAUACUGCGGGAGGGAAAUCAAAGAAAAUUUUGUAAUAAAAUAAGAAUACUUAUUUUGCACAGACACUUCAAAGCCAACAUGAAUACUUCACCCAAAAAUCAUUUUUUUGUUACUUAUCCCACGUGGUUUGUAGUGAUGGGCUGAGGGAA